CCGCAGUCCAAAUGUCCCAGUGUUGGGCUCGGUUCCAGUAGUUGUCGUUAUCAACAUUACAAUAUAGGCCGUUGUCAACUAUUGGAAUUAAUCUGUCAAAUUCUAAGUACUUUAGCAUAAUCAUGAGCCAAAAACUAUUGGGAAUAUUUAUUGUUCUUCAACUCGUUAUUAGCGUGUUUGCCACUAAUGAAUAUUUCUUUGAAUUUGGUAAUAAGGAAAUUGGUAGGCCAAUUUUCACAAAGGAUGGCGACAUAUAUUUGUUUCAAUAUAACAAUUAUAUUAAUAUACCGGUUCCCCCAAAUAUGGAAAUCACCUACGUUUCUGUGAGAGUCAAUGCUAUCACCCCACCAAAAGUGGAUUUCGACAACGAGACCAAAACUGUGAGCAUAAAGUACUCCUGGUUACAAGUACCUGUCAGUUCAUACGAGAUUUUCGCCAAAGGAAUACCAGUAGUAGGAUGAAAACAAAUAAAAUGUCCGACAAAUAUCUUUC